AUGAGGACACAAGGACGCAAACAGCAGCAACAGCAGCAGCAGCAGAAGCAGGAACAACAGCGCAAGAAGCUUCAAUUGGAAAUACAUCACCACCGAGAACGAACGGAAAACAACAAUGCAUCUCAUGAGAAAACACUAACAACUAAAACACCGAGUCCAAAGUUAACUAGUAUCACAUCAUGCAAGGGCGCACCAGCCAACAGCUCCGGAGUGUAUCUUAUCAGUGACAAUAACAACAAUAGUGCCCCGUUUAAAGUGUACUGUGAGAUGGAGAAGUUUGAAGGUGGCUGGACCGUCGUUCAACAUCGCUUCAACGGUUCGGUUGAUUUUUAUCGCAAUUGGGAUGAAUACCGUGAGGGAUUUGGUCAGUUGGACAGCGAAUUCUGGCUCGGGCUGGAGCGAAUGCAUCAACUCACGACAGCUCGCCCUCAUGAAUUGAUAGUCGAGAUCAGGGAUUUCGAGGGCAAUUACGGGUAUGCCCGGUACAGUGCGUUCCAAGUAGGCAGCGAAAGUGAGGAGUACAGCCUCAAGACCUUGGGAUCGUAUUAUGGCACCGCAGGUGAUUCGAUGACGGAGGACAACAUGGGGGAAAGCUUCACAACAAAGGAUCGGCAAAACAAUUCGGAACCCGCCUAUCGUUGGGCUGUUGAUUGUGCAGGCGCUUGGUGGUACGGUUCACUUGGUGGCUUUGCGAACUUGAACGGACGAUACCAGAACGCUACCGAUAUGAAAUCAAUUUGGUGGUAUUUCUUCAAAACAGACAUGCGAGGAUUGAGCUUCACCAGGAUGAUGAUCCGCGAAAAGUAG